UAGGUUUUGGGGUACAUGUGCAGAGCAUGCAAUACAGUUGCAUAGGUACACACAUGGCAGUGUGUUCUGUUUGCUUUCACCCCUUCACCCACAUUUGGCGUUUCUCCCCAGGCUAUCCCUCCCCACCUCCUCCUCCCACUGGCCCUCCCCUUUUUGGGAAAGGAUUCCCUAUUUAACAAAUGGUGUUGGAAAAACUGGCUAGCCAUGUGCAGAAAGCAGAAACUGGACCCCUUCCUGACACCUUACACUAAAAUUAACUCCAGAUGAAUUAAAGACUUAAACAUAAGACCUGGCACCAUAAAAACCCUAGAAGGAAAUCUAGGCAAAACUAUCCAGGACAUAGGAGUAGGCAAGGACUUCAUGAACAAAACACCAAAAGCAUUGGCAACAAAAGCCAAAAUAGACAAAUGGGACCUAAUCAAACUCCACAGCUUCUGCACGGCAAAAGAACAUUUUUCUUUUAGUGUAGGGGCAUGUGACUUUUGUCUGGCGUGGCCUUAGGUCUUAUUUAUAAUUAAAUAAUUUAUAAUAGGCCACAAAAAGUUCAUUCUGCCAGUCUUACGGUCUCUGUUUUACCACCCUGGAGUUGUCCAGCUCUCCACCAUCUCUGGCCCUAGGUACAAGCAGUUUCUCCAAGGAGGUGUCUACACCUAUACUUUAAGCAACCACUGGUCUGUUUCCUGUCACUGCACAUUCAUUUGCAUUUCUAAUGUACUGUAGUCCCUUCUUAUCCAUGAUUUUGCUUUCUGAAACUUCAGUUGCUCAGGUCAUCCAUGGCCCAAAAAUAUGAAAUGGAAAAUUGCAGAAAUAAGCAAUUCACAAGUUUUAAAUGAUGUGCUUUUCCAUGUAGCGUCAUGAAAUCCUGCACUGUCCCGCUCCAUCCUACCUGGGACAGGGAUCGUCCCUCUGUUCAGCUUCCCCAUGACAUCUGCUCUCCUUGCCCUUAGUCACCAAGGAGCUGACUUCAUGAUUACAUCCACUGUCACGGUACCACAGUGCUUCUGUGCAAGGCACCCUCACUUGACUUCAUAAUGGCCCCAAAGCAAAAUAAGAGUUGUGCCAGCAAUUCCAAUAUGCCAAAAGAGAAGCUUUCCUUUAAGUGAAAAUGGGAACACUCUUGACUUAAAAAAGGAAAAAAAAAAAAUCACAUAAUGAGGUUGCUAAGCUACGGAAACAACGAAUCUUCUACCCAUGAAAUUGUGAAGAAGGAAAAAGAAAUCUGUGCCACCUCAAACUGCAAAAGUUAUGGCUACAGUGUAAGAAAAGAGCUUAGGGUGGAAAAGGCAUUAGAUUUCUGGGUGGAAGAUGUGAACAGAAACAUAUUCUGAUUGACUGCAACUAUGUGGCACCAGAUUAGCUUCAUCUUAAUUAAAUUUGAUCACUGGUAUGUAUACGAAAAGACAUGACAUAUGUAGAGAUAGGUACUGUCUGCAGUCUCAGGCAUCUGCUAGGGGUCUUUGAAGGUAUCCCCCAAGGAUACUCUAUACAAAUGAAAUAAUCCCAUAUAUACUCAUUUUUAAUCUACCCUUUUUACUUCAAAUAACUAUCUUGCUAUAUAUCCAUAUUGCAUCAACAAUUUGUCCCUUUUUAUUGCUGAGUAGUAUUCCCUAAUGUGGAUAUACACAGAGUGUUCACACAUUCACCCGUUAAUGAAAAAUCGAGUUACCAGUUUAAAAAUUUUAUAAAAAGGCUUCCGUGAACAUUUAUGUGUAAGUUGUUGCAUAUUUUUUCAUUUCUCAGGUAGCUACUAUAAAACAAAAAAAAAAUCUGGAUUCUGUAAGGAAUUAAUCCUAAAGGAUUGUUGUGGGGUGUGGAGGGGACUACUACAAUAGGAAAACGUUGCAGUGUCCCCAUUGUCGGGCUCCCCAUAUGAUCAGCAAGUGUCUCAGGAGUUAGGCAAGGGGCUAAUCUUGUAUAGGGAGGAAUAAACUUGGCUAGAAAUAACUAUUAUGGAAAAGUGGGCUGAGCAGGAGUGUCACAAUCCAGCAGGUCUUACCCUGAUGACAGCCUGUUGUCACGAGGGACUCUCAGGAGGGCUGUGGGUUGCCACAAGCUGCUGGUGGGCCAAAGCUCAGGGGCCUGGAGGACAGAAUCUGAACCAAAGUUUGGUUACAGGCAGUGUGUUCUUAUUGAUGCAUGGGGACAAGCAGUCCAGCUAAUCAUUUAUGACGCCAAGAAUGGGAAUUUAGAGGGUCUGCGUCUGGCCGGGUCAUGGAUGAACAAGGGAGCAUCUGGGAGUCUUACCAAGUUAUAUGGAAAGUCACUGGUUCUUUCCAGUAGGGUGUUUUCUGGAACCAAAGAGUGGCAGGAUUCCUUAACCUUCACUAUUUCUAGGAGCAAAGCGCAAAGGUAAAAUUCAAUACUGUUGAUCGUCACAAGUGAAAUGGCUAGAUCCUAUGCUAGGUGUAUGUUUAACUCUCUUCACACACUGCCAAAUGGUUUUCAAUCGUGGUGGUAACUAUUUUAUGAUCCCAUCAGCAGUAUACAAGAAGUCCCAGGUCCUCCACACUCUUGCCAAUACUUGGUAUAAUCAGUCUUCUUUGCCCAUUCUGGUAGGUGUGAGAUGGUGUCACAUUGUGCUUGUAAUUUGCAUAUCCGUAAUGAUUAAUGAUGUUGAGCAUCUUUUCAUGUCUUAAUUUUCUAUCUGUAUAUCUUCUUCGGUGACAUGUCUGUUCAAAUAUUUUGUCCAUUUAAAAAACUGAAUUUUGAUUUUAUCAAUGGACUUUUAAGUGUUCUUUCUGUAUUCUGAAUACAAGUCUUUUAUCAAAUAUAUGCUUUGCAGAUAUUUUCUUCCAGGCUGUAACUUAUCUCUUCAGAAAGUCUUUGGGAGCUAUGGCUUAGUGACACGCUUUUGCCAGGUUCUCCUCAGCGCAUCCCCCUGGUCACAGCCACCCCCACAGGUUCCAUUUCUGUAUCUGUGGUGACCUCCUUCUGCAAGUCAGGCUGAAGUCCCAAGCUCCUGACCCAUGUCUCCAAGUGCCCACCAUGCCCCAUGCAAAACAGAGCUCACCAUCCUCUCCCCAGACCUGCUGCUCUUCCAGAAGCCCUGUCUCCAUGAAUGGCCGUGCACCUACCCGGCUAGAGAACCCCAGGAGUCGGCCUUGGACGUCCUUCCCACUUCCACCUCCUGUCAUCCAGAGCUGUCAGUUCUUCCUCCUGAACAUCUCUGGACACUCACCUUCUCCCCCACACACCACCAUUAUUCUCACCUGCACCAGUCACCCAGACACCCUUCCUUCCUUACAGGGGUGGCCAGGGAAAAACUUCUCAAAUACAAGUCGGGCACUCAAAUACAUGCCGGCAAGGACCUUCCAGCGGUCUCCUGUGCACUUAAACAAGAUCCAGACUCCAUCGUGGGCCAAGUAAACUCCUUGAUGAUCUGGUCCUUGAGUAAUGUGGGGGCCUCUUGCCCAGAGCCCCUCACACUCUUCAAGCCCACAGCUCAAGAGCUAGCUGUAGCUGUCUGUGGAGUUCAGCCGCUGCUCCCUGCGUGCCUGCCCUCUGCCGGGGAUGGAGCCUCGUUUCCUCUCUUCCCCACCUGCGCCCAGCAGUGCAGGUGAAGGCCGGGCUGCUGAGAGAGGCUGGGAAACGCUGGGCUUUGGGGUCAGGAAUGCCAGCGCCACUACUCACUGCCUGUGUCGCCCUGGGAAAACAGCUCUGGCCCCAAGUUCCCCGUAAGAAAAACAGGGGCAGUGAUCUGUCCCCUCCUCAACGACCUAUGUCACAAUCGGAAGCCACAAAUCUCUACCAGCCAGCACGCUGCCUUGGUCUCCUCCACCACUUUCCCCAGCAAUGAGAACGGCGCCAGGCCCAGAACGGGGCCGACACUGGGUGAGGCCAGCAAGGCGUUUAGGGAAAAACUUUCGGGCAGCGCCCACUCUCGGGCUCGAGCCAGAGCAGGGUCCCUCCGAGAGGGAGCGUCUCGGGAGAAAGCGCCUGAGGCCCAGCUGUGCCAGCAGUCUGAGGACCGCCCGGAACCGCCCGGCCCUGCGUUGGUCCCGCCCCUCCGGGAUUGCCGCCCCGCUAUUGCCCGUUGCCUGUGACGUCACAGGGGCGCGACGGCGCCUCGCUCCGGUACGCCGGCCUAGCGGCCCAAGGUUCAUCGCUGCUGCAGGUCCCCGGCUGGCCGCAGUCACCGGUGCCAGUGCUUAGGCGCCCGCAGCCCUUGACCUUCGGCCCCGCGAGCCCUAACCCUAUAGCGCAGGCUCUGAUGCUGGUCUCUGGUAGAAGAAGGUUGCUCACAGCUCUGCUGCAGGCUCAGAAGUGGCCCAUUCAACCAUCCAGAGACAUGAGACUAGUGCAGUUCCAGGCACCCCACCUAGUGGGGCCUCACUUGGGCCUGGAAACAGGGAAUGGUGGAGGAGUUAUCAACCUCAAUGCCUUUGACCCCACACUCCCCAAAACAAUGAUACAGUUCCUCGAGCAGGGAGAAGUCACCCUGUCAGUGGCAAGAAGAGCCUUGGCUGCCCAGUUGCCAGUCCUACCACGGUCGGAGGUAACCUUCCUGGCUCCAGUCACACGGCCAGAUAAGGUGGUGUGUGUGGGCAUGAAUUAUGUGGACCACUGCAAAGAACAGAACGUGCCCGUGCCCAAGGAGCCCAUCAUCUUCAGCAAGUUUGCCAGCUCCAUCGUGGGGCCCUAUGAUGAGGUGGUCCUCCCACCAGAGAGCCAGGAGGUAGACUGGGAAGUGGAGCUGGCCGUGGUCAUUGGAAAGAAAGGCAAGCACAUCAAGGCCACAGAUGCCAUGGCCCAUGUGGCCGGCUUCACUGUGGCUCAUGACGUGAGUGCUCGUGACUGGCAAAUGAGACGCAAUGGGAAACAGUGGCUGCUGGGAAAAACCUUUGACACCUUCUGCCCUCUGGGCCCUGCCUUGGUGACCAAGGACAGUGUAGCAGAUCCACACAACUUAAAGAUCUGCUGCCGAGUGAACGGGGAAGUGGUCCAGAGCAGCAACACCAAGCAGAUGGUGUUCAAGACAGAGGAGCUGAUAGCCUGGGUCUCCCAGUUUGUCACCUUUUACCCAGGGGAUGUCAUCCUGACUGGGACGCCCCCAGGUGUUGGUGUAUUCAGGAAACCUCCUGUCUUUCUCAAGAAGGGGGAUGAAGUCCAGUGUGAGAUUGAAGAACUAGGUGUCAUCAUCAACAAGGUGGUGUGAUGACUCCUGCACAGGCCCUCGACAUAGGAGGGGGGCAUUUGCUCCCACUCAGCCUAGCCCAGGGAAAGGCCCAAUGCCAGGUGUGGGCAGGGGCCAGCCCUGCAAGCCUCUUCUUCUAGGUAGAAGGGAGAAAGACAACUCUCUUCAAUAAACUCGUCUGGCCAAAGCAGCAGCUUGGCUUCUA